CGUUCCGCCACCUACCGCCUUCAACGUUCUCUUCAUCCCAUAAACAAUUUUCCUUUUCAAUUAAUAUUAAUAUCAUAAUAAAACACUAAGAUCCAUAAUCCAUUCUAAACCUAAUGUCUUAAUCUCAAUUCUCAUUUUAUAUUCUUCCCCAAAUCCCCUGCUGUGAUUGGCUGGUUUUUUGCUGUCGAAGAAGCGCUGAAGGGGUUCCAUGCGAAUCGCUCCUUCUUUGAAGACUUCAAUGAUAAAGGCUGAGUAGCCGGCGAGUGACGCUCCGGUGCACCCCGCCUGAUCUCGGGAUUCAUUUACAAUUUUCUAAUUGGUAAGCACAUUAAGAAUUUUGCAUUAAUGUUACUUUGUCUUGAUGAUGGAGAUGGCUUCAACGACCGGAGAUGCUUUAUCAUUUAACGAUUAAUAGGGAUGUCGACCACCAUUGCGUUGGGAAGCAGGCACCUACAUUUUAGGGAACCUACAUACAAGGGUCACAUGUGUAAACAAGCUUAUUUUUUAUCUAGUGUAACCAUCCAGAGUAGGAUGCAUAAAGCGCUGUCUUGGUCAUGCAAUGCAUCCAAUAUAUUGCGACAGAGUGCUUCACACUCUCAAGCUUAUGUGAAUUUCAAGUCCCAUAAAACAAUCACAUCAUGCCUUAGAAAUGGCUCUACCAAGUACUUUGACUUUGCUGUUAUUGGUAGCGGGGUUGCUGGCCUUCGCUAUGCUCUUGAGGUUGCAAAACAUGGAACUGUGGCAAUCAUAACAAAAGCGGAGCCACAUGAGAGCAAUACUAACUAUGCUCAGGGUGGUGUAAGUGCUGUUCUCUGUCCUAAAGAUUCGGUGGAGAGCCAUAUGCAAGAUACAAUUGUGGCUGGUGCUUACCUCUGUGAUGAAGAGACGGUCAGAGUAUGUUGUAUGCACAGAAGGACCUGACAGAAUUAGAGAGUUGAUAGCCAUGGGGGCUACAUUUGAUCACGGGGAGGAUGGAAAUUUGCACUUGGCAAGGGAAGGCGGGCACUCUCAUCACAGAAUCGUGCAUGCAGCAGAUAUGACAGGCAGGGAAAUAGAGAGGGCAUUGUUGGAGGCAGUAAAAAAAGAUCCAAAUAUAUAUGUUUUUGAGCACCAUUUUGCUAUAGACUUGCUUACGUCUCAGGAUGGUUCUGUCUCAAUAUGCCAUGGAGUUGACACUUUAAAUACUGAAACCUUGGAGGUAAGAUAUGUUUUUUUCAAAGGUAACCCUGCUUGCAUCAGGCGGGGCUGGGCAUAUAUACCCAUCUACCACUAAUCCUCUGGUUGCCACCGGAGAUGGAAUAGCUAUGGCUCAUCGAGCUCAGGCUGUCAUUUCUAACAUGGAGUUUGUCCAGUUUCACCCAACUGCCCUAGCUGAUGAAGGCCUCCCCUUUCGACCAACCAAUGCCCGUGAAAAUGCCUUCUUGAUAACAGAAGCUGUCAGAGGUGAUGGGGGUAUCCUUUAUAACUUGGAUAUGCAGAGGUUCAUGCCCUUAUAUGAUGAGAGAGCAGAACUAGCACCUAGAGACGUAGUAGCUAGAAGCAUAGAUGACCAGCUCAAAAAGCGUGGCGAAAAGUAUGUCCUUCUAGACAUCAGUCACAGAAACAGAGAAGAUAUUCUUCAUCAUUUCCCAAACAUAGCGGCGGAGUGUCUCAAGUAUGGGCUUGACAUCACCCGGCAACCCAUCCCCGUGAUCCCCGCUGCCCAUUACAUGUGCGGCGGAGUCCGGGCCGGGCUCCACGGCGAGACUAAUGUGUUCGGCCUUUAUGUAGCUGGCGAGGUUGCCUGCACAGGAUUGCACGGAGCGAACCGCCUUGCUAGCAAUUCAUUACUGGAAGCGUUGGUGUUUGCACGGAGGGCCGUUCAGCCUUCGAUCGACCACCACUUGAUGUGGUCGGGACGUGCUUCGGGUUGGUGGCCCCCACCAGUGGUCCCCAUGUCAUUGGGGGACGUGAUGUUGGAGAAAAUCGUUAGACGGACAAGGGAGGUGAGGGUGGAACUGCAGUCGAUCAUGUGGGAAUAUGUUGGGAUUGUCCGGUCAACGACGAGAUUAGAAAGCGCUGAGAGGACGAUCAGGGAGUUGGAAAGGGAGUGGGAAGCAUACUUAUUUAAGCAUGGUUGGGGAUCAACCAUGGUUGGAUUGGAGGCUUGUGAGAUGAGGAAUCUCUUCUGUUGUGCCAAGCUGGUGGUCAGUAGCGCCCUCUCAAGGCACGAAAGCCGUGGCCUUCACUACACUGUUGAUUUCCCUCAUGUUGAAGAAAGCAUGAGGCUGCCAACCAUCAUUCUCCCUUCUUCACCUUUGAAUAGUACCACAACUUGGAGUUCCCGCCAACUGCACCACCAACCUAUGUGCUAAGUUUUGCACCAUUGCUUUAUUUAUAAUUCUUCAAAGCCCAAGUGUUUGUUACUGAGUGGGGAUUUGUAAUCAAAAAAAUAAAUGGGGGUACUCAUGUAAAAACUAAAUUUUGUACUCUGUAGAAGUUAUACUUGUUUGUAUGAAGUUGGGUUGUGGGUUACUAGGGUUUUAGGCCAUCUCCAACAGACCACCAAAUCACACACCAAAAUGGUGUAUUUGCCAAAAACUUGCUCUAACAAUGACACCAUUCUCCACACCAUUACACCAUUUUGGGGGAGAGGAGAUGACUUUACAAUGGUGUACGCCAUAUCUAACACUAUCCACCUUUUUUAAUUUCUUUUCCUUUUAAAUGUGACCUUCAAGUUUUAAUUAUUAUAGUUUUCACCCAUUUUUAAAACAACAAAUUAGGAUGUUUUACUUGGACUGAAAUUGGUUUGUCCGCUCUAGUCUGGUCUGAUUUGAUCUGGUCUGAUCUGAAAUGAUGUGGUCUGGUCUGAUUUCUUUGUAUUUUUAUAACCACCCAAGUGUGGUCUAAUCAGGUCUGAUCUGAUCCCGAGACAAAUUACAGUCCAAGUAAAAACAUCCUUAUAGAACAACAAAUUAAAAUUAUUAAUUUGAUAGAAAAAAAUAUAAUAAAAUUUAAAUCACCCAAUAUUAUAAAUAAAGUUUCAAAUCCAAACAACAUUAUAACAGAAUACAAAUGGUACUUAAGGAAAUAGCAUAAUUAAAAUUACAAUUAAUAACACCAUUAUAAUUAAAAUUAAAACAUAAUUAAAAACAUACAUGGUACAUACUAAUUUAGAAAUGUCAAAAUAAUUAAAUGAGGGGCUAAUGUAUAAAUAUAUGAUAGUUAGAUACUUAAAUAGAAGAAUGGUAAAAAGUUAGUAAAAAGAAUAAAAAGAGAAUAUUCCUUUUUGGUGAUGAAAAUGGUGUAAACUGUUGGAGAUAAAAUAUUGUUUGAUGUGAUGUUUACACCAUUUUAGUGUAAAAAAUGGUGUUAACGGUUGGAGAUGGCCUUAUCAUAAACAAUAGAAAAGUGGCACCUCACAGUGCUUGAAUCAACGGAGUAGUCAGAUUAU